AUGAGUGCAGCUGCAACAAAUCAAUCUAAUCAGCCGAAUUCUAACAUCUCGUCCUCUGAUCUUCAAAUGCUACUUCCAAAAUGUUUGGAAUUAAUUGGAAACGAAACGAAAUCAGCUGAACUUCGCAUUGCGUAUGAUGCUCCAACCAAUCAAACAACAUAUCAGUAUGCACUAGUUUGGGAAGAUCCUAGCCAUGGUGCUGAAGAGAAAUAUAGAGUUGCAGUUACAGAAGCAAAUAAGAUCAUGCUGGCUUUGAAAGCGAAGAAGAUGGGUAAAUCAUUUUUCAGUAAAAAAGGAAGCAAAGAAACAAUCCCACAAGAGCAGAAGAUCCAGGUCGAAAGCCAUUAUCAAGAGCUUCCGUUUCCCCCAGAUCUUAGAAGCCGUUCUCAAUGUGAGAAAAACGAAAAACCCAAUUCCUCUUCCACUACUUCUUCUUCUGAUUCGACGUCUUCGAACGGAAACUCUACUGUGACGGAAUCCGAAAAGUCCGCGACAAAAACUUGCGAAUCAUCGAAGAGUUAUCGUCCUAAGAAGCUGGAGUCUGUUGGUUGUUUGAAUGAUCUUGAGAAGGUUUCUGUGAAAGUCAUUGUGAUUGAUGAUAAGAAUUUCCGAGGAAAAUUGAGGCCAAUCUCAUCUAUCAGAUCAACGACGUCAACAAACUUGAAAAAAGUUCUGACAGAUGUGAUCCACCAGAAUUUUGAAAAUCUUUCUUACGAACAGCUCAUUCGAACAUGCGGUAUUCUUUAUGCUUUCCAUGAUCACAAGCGCUCACAGAAACUCCGUCGUGUUCGUCCAUCGGAUGUUGACAACUUGAAGUUGCAUAAUCUUCCAAGACUGUAG